CAGUCACAACCGCGGGAAUCUAUUGUAGCUGCGAGCCACUACAAGUACGCUGCAGUUGUCAACAAGGGACUGACUCUCACAGCGCUAGCAAUUCCGUGAUGUCUGACGACCCGCCUGAGAAGAACGACGAGAAACCAGUCGUCAUCACCUGGAAGGUUGACCCAGAACGUAAAGAUGAUAGACAACGACGACGAGAGAUUCGAAAAGACUACAGAGCCUUGAUUAACGACAUGGUAUCACCAGAUGUACACCAGGAGCUCAUACGUGCUGAAAGCAAUGGAGUGCAUCAAAGGCUAGACAACAUUGACAAUCUCUAUGUGAAAGUGGAGCAUGCCAGGGAGGCUGUGCUGGAUUCAGAAGCACUGAAGAUUGCAUCAAAGUAUGCAACUGUGCAAGCGCAGUCCUUAAAAACACAUGCAGUUGUGUUUGAUCCUCACAUCUUUGCUGAGAAAUUGGUGACAUUUAUGAGUGAUCGGACAGAUGAGAGUGAGCAGACUGUUUCUAAGCUGGACUGGCACAAAUUGGGAUGCACAGUGGCGGGAUACUUCAGACGAGCACCGUCUGUUAACUUCAUGUAUGGGUCAUUGGCAGUGGAUGCCAAUAUUGCUGCAAGGUCAGAGAGGAAACAGAGGGAAAGAUCUCGAGAAUCUGCACCACAAGUCACUCCUCAGCAGGUUGGGAAAGAACAAGAUUCCCCUGAAGAAGCAACAACAAAAGAAGUCCAAAGGGUGGAUAGAGAGCUGAAAGAUGUAUUGAGAAAGAAUGAAGGAGAUGUUUCGUACUGGGAUUUUGUGAUCAACCCAUGCUCAUUUUCUCAAACAGUAGAGAACAUCUUCCAUUUGUCAUUCUUAAUAAAGGAUGGAAGAUAUGAAAUAUAUGAAGAGGAUGAUUUACCAUGGAUAAGGAAUGCUCCAGUGGUGGAGAAUGGUGAUGAAAGAGCCACAGAAAGGAAACAAACAAUCGUUGCAAUAACCAUGCCAUUGUGGGAAAAACUAAAGGAAGUGUUUGAGAUAACUGAACCACUGAUACCAACUCGACCUGGUUGUGAAGAUGGCAAUCGUAGGCGUUAGAUAAAUGUGCUUCUCACUGAUCAGACAGCUUGAAGAAGUUAUAGUGUAGAUGCUUUACUUAUGUUGUAAGACUGACAAAAAGUCACUCGUUUCUCUAACUGAGUUUUUAAGCCGAAACUAUCGCUAAAAGGAAUUGACUGUUUCAAUUCGAAACAUAACAUUUUAUCUAAUUACAAGACUAGCUGUUUUUCCUUCAACCACGAUUGAUUUUACUUUGCUCA